AUGCACCUUUCUUGGCUUAUUGGCGUCGUUUUUCUCAUUUCAAUUGCUCAUCCAGCAACAUCGAACAAGAGUUCCUCAAGUCCUCAAAAACACGCGGCAUUUGAGUUCAUGGGCAAACUAAUGGAGAACCACAAGGACGACCCCUCGCCGCCACGCAAAAAAAUCUGCUAUGCCUAUUAUAGUAAAGACUACACAAAAAUGGUGCAGAGAUGCUUCAAUGUCGACACACAUCUGAGCAACAACAUUGAAUCCAACUCUCCAGAUGCCCGCAAUAUCCGUAGACCCAGUUUUGCUCGUCAAGAGCCUGUCGGAUACAAAAAUUACAGAAAAAUUGAACAGAUAGUUGCCGACUUCAAAAGAGCCCCGGUCAAAACCAGACGCAAUUAA